AAAAUUACGAUUAAUUCACGACAUCCACGCUAACAAGUGAAAUUUUGCGUUUUUCUGAAAUAUUACAACAAAAAUAUUAUUUAAAAUUGUCUCUAAAAUCAAGGAAUCAACUUUGGAUACGAUUUCGAAAGGUCAAAUUUAUUUACCCCUUUUCUACAGGAAAAACCAAAAGAAACGUCAAAAAUUCUAAACUUGGCAGACACAUCGACACUGGAUUUUAUAUUGUAAAAAAAAAUUCACGUCAUAAAGACACGCACACGUUUGCCUAAGAGGAAGAAAACUUAAAAAUUGAAGAAUAAUCGCAAUAGAUAGCGAAUUUUCAAUUAAGUGGCUAAAUAUUUGUUGAAUUUUGAUACAGUUGUGACAAUCACGAUGAGCGUUGAGAAAAAUUUAAGCGGCAAGUCCAUGGCCAACAUGCAAGGUGAUGUUGCUCAAGGUGACGAUCAACAGAAUACGGGAGAAUCAAAUACGGACGUCACAAUUGAUGACAAUGCUUGUGUGGUGUGCUUCAAAAAUGUCGAUCUUUUUUCCGUGGGUGAAUGCGAUCAUCCGGUUUGUUAUGAAUGUUCAACACGCAUGCGAGUAUUAUGCCAACAAAACGAAUGUCCCAUAUGUCGUCAAGUGUUAUCCAAGGUAAUAUUCACCUACAAUAAGUUGUCCUAUCGCGAACUUGAAGCCAGAAAUCGUUCGGAGUAUUAUAGUAAAAAGUAUAAAAUUGGUUUCUACACCAGUGAAAUACAACAAAAAUUUUUUGAGUUACUUGACCAUCCAUGUCCAAAAUGUCAUUGUCCACCAUAUCGUACUUUUCAGGGUCUACGUAACCAUGUACGUAAAGAGCAUGAUCUUUACUUUUGUGAUCUUUGUGUGGAAAAUUUGAAAAUAUUUACUUUCGAAAGACGUUGUUAUACCCAAGCUGAAUUGGGCUUGCAUCGCACAAAAGGUGAUCCUGACAAUCGUUCACAUCGCGGUCAUCCUUUGUGUGAAUAUUGUAACAAACGUUAUUUGGAUCGUGAUGAGCUCUUUAGACAUUUACGGCGUGAACAUUAUUAUUGUCAUUUUUGUGAUGCCGACGGUUGUAACGAAUUCUAUCGUGAUUACAAUGCUUUAGCGGAUCAUUUCCGUCAAGAUCACUACCUGUGUGAGGAAGGUCGAUGUGCUACAGAGGAAUUUACGGGAGCCUUUCGCACAGAAAUUGAUUACAAAGCUCAUGUGGCCAAUAUCCACGGCAAAGGUAUGAAUAAGCAGCAAGCGAAGCAAACACGUACUCUGCAGUUGGAAAUAACUCUGGGACCCCGUGGUCGUUCGGGACAAACCGAACAGGGUGUCGCAAAUAUGAGAUCAAGAGGAAACAACGAUGUUGAACCAGAAAUGGAAGAACCUUCGUAUUAUCAAGCCCAUAGCACUAAUCAACAGCGAAACAAUAUAGAUCCUUGCAGUGAACAAGAAUUUCCCUCAUUGGCAGGUACAGCCACAGGGCCUAGUGUAUCAUUAACUCGCCCUCCACCCCCGGCUAUAUUAAAUCGCAGUCGUAUGUCCGGUUUAGCCCGUACAAAAGAAAACUUUCCGGCUUUAGGUGGUGCAGUCAAUAAUAUAGGUGGUAACAACAGUAGUGGAGGUGUUGGACCAAUGGGUUCUAACCGAGCACCACCACAUAGUUCAAAUGUGCUAAGAAAACAACAUGCCAACGCUACUGGUGCAAUACCACGCAGCAACGUAUCGAACAAUAUGCCUUCAACAAGUACAAACGGCAUGGUUAUACAUGUCUCAAAUCGACCAUCAUCCUCUAAUAAUGCCAACUCAUCUAAUAGAAAAUCGAGUGGUAUGGACUUUCCCGCAUUGCCUAUGGGCAAAUCUAAAAAGUCCCAAGCAAAACAAGCAUUGUUGGAAGAGGAUAUGCCCACUUCAGGUGUACAAUUGCCCAUGUCUUCUGUUCCUUCGAAACAUCGCUCUUUGGUCGACGACUAUGUGUCAGUUGCAAAUCCUGCCAAUUUCCAAAAAAUCCAAAUGGUACAAAAGGAGGAAAUGGAAACGAAGGCCCGCAAAGAAGCCGAAGCUAGAAAUGCACCAAAACUGACCACUCAAGACUUUCCUUCUCUGGGACUUGGAUCUUCGGCUAAAUCCACACCAACCAAUACCUGGAUCAAAUCGACCAUGAGUGAGAAAAAACAAAAAGAUUUGGAAAAUCGUAAAAAUAAAAUUGCUCCUGCUCCUCUGUUAACCAAAAAUAAUGUUGGCUCUACUAAGCAGCCCAACAUCACGAAUGGCAACAAUCAAAACAACAAUCUUUCAAAUAAUAAAAAAGAUAAAAAACCCAAGGAGAAAAAGGCCAAUGAAAAUAAAACAUCGAACAAUAAUUCAACGAAUGGCAAAAAUGGACAAUCACCUUUACGUCCUCCGCCUGGAUUUCAAAAUAGCAACUCGUCGAUGAAGCCACCACCAGGAUUUCAAACAACAAAUGUAACUGUUAAUUCAGUGGCCAAGUCGCCUAAUAAUUUAACAUUUACAAGUUCAUUGGGUGAAAGUUAUAGCAUUUUACCAGCUUAUUCAUAUAUCGCAGCACCCGAUGCUUUGGCACGUAAUCAGAAAUUAGUUGGCUUUUUUAGAGACGCCUUAAAAACUCCCGAAGGUUUAGAAGAAUUUCGUCAUAUAUCGCAAAAGUUUAGGGAGGGAGUCUAUAAAACAGACGCCUAUUAUGAACACUGUCAAGCUGCCUUAAAGGAUAAAUUUGAUAAAGUUUUUCCCGAACUUUUGGUACUAUUACCAGACAUAAGCAAACAACAGGCUCUAUAUUUGGUACAUCAGCAACGUUUAAAUAAUUUAUCACCACAACAACGUAAGUCACUGCCGAAAUUAGAAGUUUGCUCAACUUGCAAACAGGUUUUAAUGCAAAAUGAUUUAGAGGGUCACCGGAAAAUGCAUACUUUAACACAAAACUUUCCCAAAUUGAAUGGUGGACAAAAGUCUACUACCACUACCUAAGAAAAUUACUUUUGUUAUUGCCAAGUUAAAGUGUUAAAUUUACAAUGCGUGUGUGUAUAAUGAAUUGUUAUUUGUAGAACAUUGUUUACAAAAUUUGUUUUCUAAAGAGCUUAUUAAAAAAAAACAAAAUAAUUUCAGUCACAAUCUAUUUAAAAGUGUUUCAAAGUAUAUACAAUUUUUGUAGAGUUUAAAAUUUUUAUAUAAAUUUCAAUAAUUUUAUUCUUAUUAGAUUUUCCCAUAAAAGCUGAGAUUUUUAAAUAGCUUAGCUAUAGAUUUGAUUUUAAUGUGUAAAAAUAGUUUAAGCGUUUAAAAUGCAAUUUGAAUUUAAUUAAUAACCCUCAAGUUUAAUUAAUGUGUGUGUUUAUUGUUUUCAAAAGUUUUUAACUUUUAAUGAAUUAUCAUAAAAACUAAUUAAAUAAUAUAUUUUAUUUUUUUUUUUGUAUAUAAAAAACUAUUUUUAUAUUUAAAUAUUUGACUUCAUUAUUUCAAAUGUAAUUUUUGUAUUUUCAAAUCGCUUAAAUACAAUAACGGUAACAAAAUCGUAUAGCAAUUAAUGGUGAUGAACAAUUUGUUUAGAACAAAAUAAAACUAAUUAAUAAUAAAAGAAAUUCAAUUUAUAACACAAAUAAUAUAUAAAAUACAUAUUUAAUUGUAAUGUUUAAAACAUGCAUGUUUUUUAUAACAAAAUUAUGUAAAAAUCGAAAUGUUCAGUAUAAAUAAACAAUAAAAAUGAAUCGAAAAACAGA